AUGAAGUGUAAAUGGGUGACUAGAUGGGCAGUUGUGGAUGAACUGGUGACUAGAUGGGCAGUUGUGGGUGAAUUGGUGACUGGAUGGGCAGUUGUGGGUGAAUUGGUGACUAGAUGGGCAGUUGUGGAUGAACUGGUGACUAGAUGGGCAGUUGUGGGACUAAAUAUUGACAACUUUGUGUCCUGUAAAGGACUAAAUAUUGACAACUUUGUGUCCUGUAAAGGACUCAUUAUUGACAACUUUGUGUCCUGUAAAGGACUCAUUAUUGACAACUGUGUGUCCUGUAAAGGACUCAAUAUUGACAACUUUGUGUCCUGUAAAGGACUCAAUAUUGACAACUUUGUGUCCUGUAAAGGACUCAUAAUUGACAACUGUGUGUCCUGUAAAGGACUCAACUUUGUGUCCUGUAAAGGACUCAUUAUUGACAACUGUGUGUCCUGUAAAGGACUCAAUAUUGACAACUUUGUGUCCUGUAAAGGACUCAAUAUUGACAACUUUGUGUCCUGUAAAGGACUAAAUAUUGACAACUUUGUGUCCUGUAAAGGACUAAAUAUUGACAACUUUGUGUCCUGUAAAGGACUAAAUAUUGACAACUUUGUGUCCUGUAAAGGACUCAUUAUUGACAACUUUGUGUCCUGUAAAGGACUCAUUAUUGACAACUUUGUGUCCUGUAAAGGACUCAUUAUUGACAACUGUGUGUCCUGUAAAGGACUCAAUAUUGACAACUUUGUGUCCUGUAAAGGACUAAAUAUUGACAACUUUGUGUCCUGUAAAGGACUCAUAAUUGACAACUGUGUGUCCUGUAAAGGACUCAAUAUUGACAACUUUGUGUCCUGUAAAGGACUCAUUAUUGACAACUUUGUGUCCUGUAAAGGACUCAUUAUUGACAACUUUGUGUCCUGUAAAGGACUCAUUAUUGACAACUGUGUGUCCUGUAAAGGACUCAAUAUUGACAACUUUGUGUCCUGUAAAGGACUCAAUAUUGACAACUUUGUGUCCUGUAAAGGACUAAAUAUUGACAACUUUGUGUCCUGUAAAGGACUAAAUAUUGACAACUUUGUGUCCUGUAAAGGACUCAUUAUUGACAGCUUUGUGUCAGGUAAAGGACUCAUUAUUGACAACAAUGUGUCCUGUAAAGGACUCAUUAUUGACAACUGUCACCCAGUCACAAAGAUCACUAGCAAUGUUCAGUAUCCAGUCACAAAGAUAUCAAGCAAUGUUCAGUAUCCAGCCACAGAGAUAACUAGCAAUGUUCAACACCCAGUCACAAAGAUAUCAAGCAAUGUUCAGUAUCCAGCCACAGAGAUAAGAAGCAAUGUUCAGGAUCCAGCCACAGAGAUAACCAGCAAUGUUCAACACCCAGUCACAGAGAUAAGAAGCAAUGUUCAGUAUCCAGCCACAGAGAUAAGAAGCAAUGUUCAGUAUACAGCCACAGAGAUAACUAGCAAUGUUCAGGAUCCAGCCACAGAGAUAACCAGCAAUGUUUAA